AUGGCUGAUAUUAAUAGUUAUUUUAUUGUGUCUAUGAUCUGUUUACAAACAUUAUAUAAUUGUGCUUUAUCAAUUUGUGGACAAUAUAUCUAUCAAUAUUACUUAAAAACUUACCCUGCUCAUAAUUGGACUAAUACCAGUUCUUUUACGAUUAAUCUAUAUGAAUCUGUUCAAGAAACAUGUGCACAAAACACGACAGAUAUUUCAAAUAAUUCUGCUGAAAUUUGGGCACAACAACGUUCAGCUGAUUUAAUAUUUCAAACAACUUUAUGGCGAGCAUUUCCAGUAAUAAUUAUCACCUAUUUAUAUGGUCUUUAUGCUUCACGAUUAAAUCAAAAAUUAGUAUUGCUAUUAUCUAUAGUUGGAAAUGCCAUUCAUGUAAUUAUUUAUCAAGCAAUAGUUUAUGAAAAUUUACCAGAAUAUUGGUGGUAUAUAUCAGCUUUUAUCGCUGGUUUAGCUGGUGGAACGAAUGUUCUUGGUAUUGUAAUGAAUUUAAUUAUAACUGAAAAUACUGAAGAAAAUGAACGUUCAUCACGUUUUGUAUGUCUUGGCGCUUUAGCUACAUCGUUAUCAGCAAUAUCACUGUUUAUAAUUGGUUAUUAUAUUCAUUGGCGUGGCUUUACUGAUUUAUUUUGGAUGGCAAUUGGAUUUGAAGUCUUAUCAAUUGUCGUAGUUAUUUUCUAUUCAAAACCUUCUCGUUCAUCAACAACAACAACAACAAUCGAUGAAACAAUAUCUCUUCUAUCAUCAAAUAAUAAUAAUGAUAAUGUUGACAUUACAAUACCGACAAGAUCUAUUUGUAAUAGUUGUUUUGAUAUGUGUACAAUAUUUAAGUUUACACAUAACUCACGAAAAAAAACUAUUAAGCUUAUUUUAAUUAUUAUUUGUUAUAUAUUUCAUUUAUUAGCAACAACAUCAUUGUCUCCAUUGAUCUGGUAUCUUCUUGGAGCACCAUUUUGUUGGUCAUCAGAAGAUCUUGGGAAUUUUUCAGCUAUAUCUUUAAUUAGUACAGCUAUUUUUAGUGUACUUGGUAUGAAAUUAUUUAGUUAUUGUGGAGCAAAUGAUGCUUUGAUUUGUGCACUUGGACAUAUUUGUUUCUUUGGAUAUUCAUUAUGGAUUGCUCUUGCUAAAUAUAGUUGGCAAUUGUAUUUAGCAUUAUUAAUUAAUCCAUUUUCUGUUUAUCAAAAUGUAUUAACAGUUUCAAUGAUAUCGAAAUUAUUAGAACCUCAUGAGCGACAUAAUGCUUUUACAUUAAUAACUGAAAUUAAUACAAUUAUUUUGGCAUUUGGAAGUUCACUAUUCAAUUGGAUGUAUGCUCGAACUGUAAUUUAUCAAAAGAAUUUUACGUUAUUAUUUGCUAGUGGACUCUGUGUUAUACCAUUUGUUCUCAAUAUGUAUCUUUAUCUGAUUACUCGAAAAAUUUCUACGGAAGAAGAAACAACUAUUGUGUCAGAAGUAGAUACAGAAGUAACAACACCUUCUCUAUUGAGUAAUAUAUUACCUCAAGAUGGUGAUACAGCUUCAAAUGAAUUAUGGAUGCGAAUCUAUACAUUUAUUAUGACUGCAGGUGUACCAACAAUAAUGAAUAUUUUUACAAAUUAUCGUAUCUACGCAUAUAUUCGAUCUUCGACUCGUCGUAUUCAGCCACAAAUGGUCAAUACAAUAACAAAUACUAAUGUUAUUCCGGAACCAAAAAAUAAUCGUCGAGAUAUUGCUGUUUUAAAACAAAUUGUUUUCAUGAUAUUAAUGUUUGUAUGUGGAUGGACUCCUCCUAGUCUUAUAGUAAUUAUAAGUAAUUCUGUUACUCUUGAUCCACUUAUUUUUCGAAUUGCAUCAUUAUUUGGUGCAUUAUGCUUAUUGGGUAUUACCAUAAAUUUAAUUCAAUGCAAUCAUGAAUUUAAACAUUAUUGUAUAAACAAUAUUCGAAGAGUUUUUUUUCAAUAA